UGUAUGUAGGCAUGGAGAGGCGCAGAGCGACAGGGCUGCUCCUCCCGUCUCUAAUGUGAUGACAGCUGACUGUACCGAGACAAAGCCGGGACCAUCGGGUCAACAUGUUGUCUUGACCUUCACGCUGAUAGAAAACACUGAUUUCCGGGAGUAAUGGAAUAACAGCUCCACGGCUGAGGGAAGUGUAGCCGCCACUAAGUUGAGUCGCGGAGAAAAGCUACUCCGCCACCAGCACCAGCACCACCUCCUUCACCAGCAGCACCAGCAGCACCACAUCACCAGGCUGAAGGAGUGGGAAAUCUUGUCCUACAUUUUCCACAGGACGAUCAGAUACUUAACAGGUUAUGAGUAAUGGAAGCAGGAUCGGUGGUGCGUGCAGUCUUUGAGUUUCUCCCCAGUGUAUCUGAGGAGCUGCCACUCUUCACCGGUGAUGUCAUCGAAGUGCUCAGCGUCGUAGAUGAGUUCUGGUUGCUUGGUAACAAAGAUGGCGUCACAGGUCAGUUUCCCACCACCUUUGUGGAAGAGAUCACCAUCCCCAGCACCAAGCCUGGAGACAGACUCUACGUGUGCAUCAAUGACUUCAGCUCAGCAGAGCCGGGAAACCUGUCCCUCAAGAGAGGGGAUGUGGUAGUCGGAGAGGCUGGAGGGUCCAUGGACCUCGGAGAAACCUGGCAGCGUGGUUGUAACGCCUGGGGCGCCCGCGGUCUAUUCCCCACGUCAUGUGUGAAGGAGCUGACCCUCUCCGGCCGCUCCAGGCAGCUGUCUGAGCGCUCAGCUCAGGCGCAGGCUUCAGAACUCCCACCUUACGCCCUAGGCCAGGCGCGGGCCCUUAUGAGCCUCCACGCGCAGCUCAAUGAGGAGCUGGAUUUCCGCGAGGGCGACCUGAUCAUCAUCACAGGCCUCCCUGAGCCGGGUUGGUUCCAGGGGGAGCUGGAUGGCCGCAGGGGCAUCUUCCCAGAGGGGUUUGUGGAGCUCCAGGGAUCUCUCCGAUCACCUCAGGAGCCAUUGGACUGCCAGUAUUUGAACAAUGACUCAGAACAGUUUAGCUACGAGGACCCUUAUGAUGCAGGAGAGGGGACUGAGGAGGAAGGUGUAGAAGAAGGAGAGGUGUUUACAAGAGAGGAAGAGGAGCAGAAGGAGGCAGUGAUAGAAGAAGAAGAGGAAGAGGAGGAGGGUGGUGUCUAUGUAGUGGCACUGUAUGAGUUUCGGGCUAUGGAACCAGGCGAGUUGGACUUUGAUACGGGGGAUCGCAUCCGUCUUAUAAGCACUUUGGAAGAUGGUUGGCUGGAGGGGGCGCUGCGAGGGCGGCGUGGUAUUUUCCCUCAUCGUUUUGUCAAAAUGGAGGAUGACGGGCAGAAAACUGCGGAGGAAACACAUGUUGGGGAACCAGAAGAUGACAAAGAGAACAGCUCAGGUCAUCUUUGUCCCAAUGGGUCAGAGAACGACCCCGAAUGGAGGACAUAUGAGGAUCAUACAGUGUGGGACCUGGACUACUUUGAGAAGACUGAGGAGCAGAGAUGGCAAAACAAAAGCACUGGAGCUCAACCUAACAACAGAGGACAGAGAGAUGGGGGUGGCAGGCCUGACUCUCAGCCACAUAGACCUGUCCCUCCAGCACAGAGAGGGCCCGAGAGACCCAAAUCCACUCCUCCAGCAAGACCCAGACUCCCAUCUCGGCCUAGCUUGCCUGCACGUAGCCACAGACACCAUGGCUCAUCUUCGGGUGCACAUCAGUCGAACUAUACCAACGGUAACUCUCGACCCUUACAGCCUAAACUAACUCAUAGCCAAACCCUCCCUCAUAGCACUCAGUCUGGGUGGUCUAAAAACAGCAGAUACCACCAGAGGCAGACAAAGGAUGAUGCCACUCCCAGUCACAGAAGCGGCAGUCUUGGCCAGGCGUUAUUGAACCUCGUUGAGGACCAUAGGCAGAAGAAGCUAACCCGCCAUAGUAGCGUCAGUGAUGCUGAUAUGAUGAGCACUGAGGCACGGCAGCGUUCCCAGCAGACGAUACGUGGCUCCAAUGGUUUAAUGCCAACUUCCUUCACCCUAGAUGCCCUGGCAACCUCAGCUGGUGACCUGGAGGCCAAGCUGUCCCAGCAGCUUUUUGAAUUUGAGAAAAGCUUGACUUCUUCGUAUAGUGAUACAAACAUGAGCUCUGCCGCCUCUGCUUGUGACAUGAGCCAGCAAUCCAGUAUCUCACGCCACUUUUCUAUAAUGGACUUCAGCGAUGAAAGCGAUAUCAUGCGAGGGUCCUCACACUCACCAGUGUCCCACCUUUUGCAGUCGAACUCUGCCUCUUCCUCACUAGAGAGGCGCAGGACCCUUCGUCCUCCCCCUCCUCGUCCCAGAGUCCUUCGUCCCCCAGCCCCUGCUGCGUACAAACCAGCCCGCCCCGCUCCACGUCCCCCUCCUCGGUGCCCGAGACAAAACACCGCUCCUCCGAAUAUCUUCUACACCCCUGACGAGCCAGCCGCAAAUCUGCUGGACCAAAUAUCAGAAGGGCAGGCGGAGUUCGGUGACCUUGCGGCCGCCCAGGAGCAUGAGAUCCAGUGCCAGCUAGAAGCUGAGAAAGAGCUGGAGAGAGAGAUGGAGCUGGAGAGACAGAGACAGAGGGAAGAGGAGGAAAGGUAUCUGCUGCUGCUACGGCUACAAGAGGUGGAGCACGACAUGGAGGCAUACGCACACACGGCAGAGGAGCUCAGGACCAUGCUGGAGGAGGAGGAGGAUGAGACGGCUCGCAUGCAAGCCAUGGAGAAUCUGGAGUUCUGCAACUACACGCUGGAGACGCUGGCCCUAGAGCAGCAGCAGCUACAAGAGAUGACACUCCUUUCGUCCCAACCUAAAACCCUGGACUCCACUCCGACCUCUGACUCCACCCCCACCGCUGGCACCGAGGAUCCUGAGUUGAGGAUGCUGGAGAAGAGGUCAAAGGUCAUCGAGGAGCUGCUGCAGACUGAGAAGGACUACAUCAAAGACUUGCAGAUGUGUGUGGAAGAGAUCAUUGAGCCGCUGCAGAGGAAGCAGGUGAAGAACGUGGACUUUGAAGGACUCUUUGGCAACAUCAGCUCCGUGAUUGACCUGUCACAACGCCUGUUUGAAACACUGCAGGACUCAGACUCUAUCGGAACGGUAUUUCUGGGCUUCAAAGCCGAGCUGGAAGAGGUGUACAAGAUCUACUGCCAGAACCACGAUGACGCCAUCUCUUUGCUCGAGACCUACGAGAAAGACGAAAACAUCCAGCGUCACGUGUUGGAGUGUCUGGAGAGACUGAGGGCCAUAUAUCGCGAGUGGGGGAAAACCAACUACAUUAACCUCGGCUCUUUCCUAAUCAAGCCGGUGCAGCGGGUGAUGCGUUACCCUCUGCUCCUGAUGGAGCUGCUGGGGGCCACGCCGGAGAGCCACCACGACCGGCCACAGCUGACUCAGGCUCUGCAGGCCGUCAAGGAGAUCAACGUGAACAUCAACGAGUACAAGCGCAGGAAGGACCUCGUGGUGAAGUACAGGAAAGGUGACGAGGACACGUUCAUCGACAAGAUCUCCAAGCUGAGCAUGCACUCCAUUAUCAAGAAAUCCAACCGAGUCAGCAGCCACCUCAAACACCUCACAGGGAUUUCACCCCAGAUUAAAGAUGAAGCGUUUGAUGAGGCCGAGAAGAAGUUCCGGCUGCAGGAGAGACUCAUCAAGUCCUUUAUCAGGGACAUUUCCUUGUACCUGCAACAUAUAAGAGAAUCUGCAUCUGUGAAGGUCUUGGCAGCCAUCAGUUUCUGUGACAUCUACACAGAGCGCAGCAUCCUCGACCCCGAGCGCUUCCACAGAGCUCACCGCUGCAUCAGCGACAAACAGUUCACUCAGUUUAAGGAGCGCACAGAGGCCUUAGUCAUCAACCCGCUCACGCAGCUUCUCCUUAUGUUCGCCGGGCCGCACAAACUCAUCCAAAAGCGCUUCGACAAGCUGCUGGACUACGACAACUGCAAGGAGCGCGCCGACCGCCUCAAAGACCGCCGUGUCCAGGAUGAGCUGCAGGUGGCGCGCAACAAUUACGAGGCACUCAAUGCCCAACUUCUGGACGAGCUCCCGAAGUUCCACGGUGCAGCAGAGGAGCUGUUUACGGGCUGCGUGAGGGCUUUCGCUCAGGCUCAGAAGGACUUUAUGAAGACGACACUGGGAGAGCUGAACCCCCUCCUGCAGGCUUUUUCCAACAAAGCUGUCACAGAGGGCAACCUGAUCGCCAAGUUCCAAGAAGAGUACGGCCGAGUCCUCCAGCUCCUGCAGAGCUUUAGCUUCUGCCCGGAGAACCUUCCUCCUGCCACCACCACGAAGAAGACCUUUGAGAAGAAGACUCUGGAGAAGCAGACCUCCAAAAAGCAACUGCAGGGACCUCCCAAUUAUGUCCUGCAGACAGACGAGCACCGUGCUGCACUUCUGGUUCGCUACGGUCCUGAGAAGCUUUUCCAGGCAGAGAGAAACUUCAACGCAGCCCAGGAUCUGGAUGUCUCUAUACUGGAGGGAGAUCUUGUGGGUGUGAUCAAGCAGCAGGACCCAAUGGGUAGCCACAACCGCUGGCUAAUUGAUAAUGGAGUCUCCAAGGGUUUCGUAUACAGCUCCUUCCUCAAACCCUACAACCCACGCAGGAGCCAAUCAGACGUCUCCAUCGAGAGCCAAUCAUCUAAUGAGUCCGGCUACGGCGGCUCCUCGCCUGUUUUCUCCCGCCAAAACAGCAACAGCACGCUGACCUUCAAUCAGGAAACAGCCACCGUCAGCUUUUCCACAGCGCAGCCCCAAAGUCAAUCAUCGCCACACCCUUCACUGGACUCUGCCUCAUCUCGGAGAAGUCACCCCAGAGAUGUUCCCAACCCCGACUCUGCCAGUCAGAGCAACUCCAUAAACUCCUCCCCGAGAAACCCCUCAAACCGCCGGGAAUUCUCAGACCAAUCACACCGAAACUCCUCCAGUCACAGAGACACCGAGCCUUCUUACCGACAUUCAGGCAAUCACAGAGACGGGUACGACACGAGUUAUGCGAGUCCGAGCAGCCACAAGGAGACGUCCGACCUCUCGGAGACAGACUCUUAUUCUUCGCUCAGAAACAAUCGCUCGCAGCGGUAUGGACACACAGACAAAAGCUACAGUUCAUACCAGUGGAGAAAUGGAGAUAAUGGUAGCCACAAGAGGAGCGCUUACCCCAGGGAUGAGUACAUCGAGCCGGAGCCAGAACCAGAACCAGAACCAGAACCUGAAGACGAGGGUGAACUAGAUGGUCAUCAGAUUUACUACGCUCUCUACUCCUUCGAUGCCCGUUGUGCCAACGAACUGAGCAUCUCAGCCAAUCAGCGGCUGCGGAUACUGGAGUUUAAGGACAUGAACGGAAACAGCGAAUGGUGGCUGGGGGAGGCGGGAGGCCGGCGAGGCUAUGUGCCUUCCAACUACAUCCGCAAAUCAGAGUACACAUGAACAAACCCCGAGACUGUCCUUGGACCUGAAGGAAGCUCACUCUGCGAGCAGACAGAACAAAGACAAAAAAAGACAAACAAGCGGUGACUCAUUUUGGAUCUGCUGUCGUGGAGUUUGAUAGUGAGAAGGACUGACUAUUGCUGCUGACUCUGCUCCUUACAGUUAGCGUUAUAUGCCUAUAUUUAUAGACUUUUUCUAUUAUUUUUACUUACUGGAAACUGCACCCUACUCCCUCUUGUUUCCAGGGAAACAACCUGUGAAUUGCACCAGAUUUGUUUUUGCCAUAUUCUCUGGAGCUGAAGACAAUGAAUUGUAUGUUUGGGAGAGCGGUCUUAAAGGUUAGCGCGUUGGGAGAUUGCAAUGGAAAUGUGAAUGUUUUGGGUUCAGACUACAAACAUCAAGUGGUAUGGAGACAGACUGACCUAAACACUGUGUUAAUGACUUUUUCCUGCAUGUGGUUUAUCACCCCAGUAGAAUGAUGAAUGAAUAUUAGAUGCAUCUUUACCAUACUGCUCUACAAUCAAGGUUUGACGCACUUAGGAUGAUUAUCCACCGGUUGCAAGUAUUGAAGUGUCCGUGGAGCCACCAAGUAUCUGGAGUGUUAUAUGAAAUAAAUACAGACUGUUUGAAUUAAACCCAAGGACAAAGCUGAAUGACAUGAUAUAUGGUUUACAAGCACUCCCCUUGUCAACAACCUGAAUACACUUUUGAGCUGGGUUGAUACUGUGCAAACAGGUGAUGACUCGGUUUACCUGUAAGAGGAGGAUAACAAAUUGGGAGCGAGGAGUUGUGGUUUGAUCUCAGCUCUGAUUUCUCCACAUACUUCCUAUGUACAUUAUAUAUAGUGAUGUAUAUUGAGAAUAUGCUAUUGCACCCACUGUAAAGUGAUCACUGUUUGAAUAAAAAACAGCUCAGCUGACAAAUCGA